AUCAUUUGGGGCGGUGAGUGUGACCACCGAAAGGUCAAAAGAACGCUGUCUCCGCCGUUUCCUGUACCAACUCUUUUAUCUUUCUUCUUGUUGUGCCGACCCAACUCUCUGCUGCCCAGGCCUCAAUUUUGAUGGCAGCCAUUUGGAAAGGGCGAGUUCUCGCUGGCGGCUUGGGGAAACAUGUCGUCAACCACAUCUCCCGUCCAGCUCCACUCUCUUCUACUCCCUGCAGGAGCUUUGCACGCAUCCCCUCAUAUGACAAGAAUCUUGAGGACGAAGCAGUCAAUCCAAGUACAGUGCCAGACGACAUGAUCCAAACUACAUCCGACAAGUAUUGGUGUCCCGACCCUGUGACUGGGGUUUUUGUCCCUGUUGAGCCAAAGAGCAAUGGUGGUGGUAACAAUAAUACACACUUCACCUCGCCCUCCCCCAAGUCUGGCUCUUGGGUGCCAGAUCAGUCUGCUUGGUUUCGCCCCCUCGAGGAGGAUGACAAGCCCCCCUAUGCCUAAAUGGCUAGCAGGAUGUGGACUAAGUUCUCUUCAUGUGCAUGGUUUGUGUACAUCAAUAAUAGUACGAUAAUAGUGUCAAGCGUGCAAUAUUUAUGUCAGUGCAACUCCGAUCAUAUUUGUGCUUUAUAAAUACAAAUCUCUCCCUCUCUCUCUCUCUCUCU